AUAGCAGAUGAGAUUUGACCUUCAAGCAGCAAAGUGAGUUUUAGGCAAAGACACACCACAUUUAAACUUCAGGAUCUGAUUCUUCUGUUCAUUUUCCUUCCCUUCUGCCACUGAAAAUUUCUCUUGCAAGAGGAAAAAUACUUGUCUGAUAUCAGUGCUCAUCUUUGCUGACUAAGGCAGGUCAGCUGUGGGAUCAUCCCACCCCUUGGACUGCAGGGAUGGAGCAGAGGAGAUGGCUGCUGUUGGCUCUGGCACUGCUUCUGGCUAUCCCUUUCUCAGGUUCUGUUUUUCCAGGUGCAUCUGAGUGGGUCUCUGCCUCCUGGAUACAACUCUCUUUAUUCCUUCUCACAUUGGCUGCUGGUUCUGUUCUGGUAUUUCAAGGAAGGAGAGUGGACUCCCUGGAAACUGUUUGGCUGAAGAACCACCAGCACCUCUACCAAAAAAUUCAGACUCUGCAGGAAGCUUUCCAGAAUGAGCAGGAGUCCACACAGCGUGAUAUUCAGCUCCUCAGAACAGACCUGGAGAAUGAACUAGGAUUGACAAUAGAGGCAAAUACUACAAACACUCUGGAAUCUAUGUGGAAGAAGGACCUCCAUGAAGUGUCCCAACAAGUUCAAACUCUGCAGAAAGCUUUUCAAAACACCCAUGUGUACACACAGCGUGACCUUCAGGUGAUCAGAACAGACCUGAAGGAUGAACUAGGAAAGACACUGGAGGCAAAUGUCAGAGGGAGUAUAGCAUACAUGUGGCAGAAGGACCUUCUGCAGCUCUCCCAACAAAUUCAAACUCUGAAGCAAACUUUCCAGAAUAUGAAGGUUGCCAUACAGUGUGACCUUCAAAUGAUCAGAACAGACCUGGAGAACAAACUAGGAGGGACAGUGGAGGCAAAAACAUGCACCUUAGAAUCCAGGCUGGAGAAGGACCAUCAUGAAACCUCCCAACAAAUUCAAACUCUGCAGGAAAAUUUCCAGAACACAUAUGAGACCACACAGCAUGACCUUCAGAUGAUCAGAACAGACUUGGAGCAUGACCUAGGAAGGACAGUGGAGGCAAAUACAAGGACCAUGGAAUCCAUGUGGAAGGAGGACCUUCUGCAGCUCUCCCAACAAAUGCAAACUUUGCAGGAAGCAUUCCAGAAUAUGGAGGGGUCCACACAGUGUGACCUGCAGAUGAUAAGAGCAGACAUGAAGAAUGAACUAGGAAGGAGAGUGAAGGAAAAUACCUCAAGGGUCUUGGAAUCCAUGUGGCUGAUGGACAUCCAGCAGCUUUCCCAAGAAAUUCAAACUCUGGAAAAAACUUUGCAGACCACAUUGGGGUCCACAAAAUAUGACUUAGACCUUCCAGUCCUACGGUCCUACAAAGGGGGCAUCUGCAAAUCCAGCCCCAGCCAGAAAGUUGCGAGAGAUAAUGCAGCCAGGAGAAGAGCUGCAAAUAGUCCAGACCUCAAGGCACAAUCCAACAGAAAGCAAGAUGCCAGUACAGCUGUUUAGGUCAGUGGUGUUUGCUGGACGAAGAACCACGGAACUGCAGCACAGAAGAAUGACUAACAAUUCCAAAUUAUGGCUGUUAGUUGCAAGCUGUUUAGUGCUUUCUUUCUUACUUUUAUUUUGCUUUAAUAUAGCUGUCCUGCUUGUAAGAUAAGCAUAUAUUCUAUUUGCCAUCUGUCGGAGGUGGGGCAGGUAUCUUCUGUUGGGCAGUUUUCUUAUCUCUUCCAAGAACAAUGUCUCUCUCCGGGGAGAUAUCUUCUGUUAAUGUGCCAUUGAAUGGCUCACUGCAUGACUGAGAAGGUUACAUCAUCCCGUUGUAAGAUCCUCCACCCAGAGGGAGGAGCCAAGCAUCCCUACCUGCAUAAAAUCAGCAUUUCUUGAGACAGCAGCUUAGCCUCUUCACUGGAUUCCCAGAGGAAGACCAGGCCCAUCACCAGCCUAUCAGAGAAAACUACACCCUUCUACUGGGCCAUCGUUUCAGCAGCAUUUCAUCUGCCACUCCAGGAGCAGGAGGAGCAGCCACCAUUUAACUGGACUAUCAACAACACCCUGACUCCUCAGGGUGUCAGGUUUCUGACUCUAUCAGUAGUUUUUUUUGUACUAAUUACAUUUUUUUAAAUUUAGUUUUUUCCUAGUAAAGAACUGUUAUUCUCAUUCUCAUA